ACGGAAGCAGGCUGCAUGCGCUCAUGCUGCGGCGGCAGCACGACGCGCUGCUGCUGAACGCCUUUUGCGAGAUUGCGACGGGGCUGCUGCUGCUGCUGCGGCUGCUGACGCCAGCUCGCAGCCCCAUGGUUCUGCUGAUGUUUGUGCAGAUCCUCAAACUCAAGCUGCACAUGCCCGACACUGCCGCGCACCACAGACAGGUGUGGCGCAUCAUCGAUGAGAAGACGCUGUCGUAUCGACGUGCCGUACCUGCGAUCGAGCGGCUGAUUCAGUGGGCCGCCAACUGGUUUAUGAGCAUACCUGGGCCCCGGUAGAAGAGCCAUGCGUGCGCAUGAGUGCGCGCGGGGUCAGAUUAUGGGUGCGCGGGUCGGCGGGUCGCUGGAUAGGUGGGUGGUUAGACAGUAGCAGGAAAGCGCGCGACGCAGUUGAGCUGUGAGGAGCAAUUAUAGCAUUCGGUGAGAUGAUGAGAAGGAAGGUGGGAUGGGGGGGAUAGGGUGAUGGAUGUCGCUGAGACACAACAUAUUAACAACAAAAGAGAGGUGUACCGUUCUAACUGUCAUGGGCUGCUGCGUACAGAGAUGUGGGGUGGUCCAAGGUGCUGUUAUGACUAUAUGACUAAGCAAAGGCUUUCAGCCUAAUACAAAUGUACCACUUGAAGUUUGCUGUGGA